GGGCAAAAUAGUCAAAUGACUUAAGUAUGUUCCCCACCGUGCCCCUUGCCUGUCACUGACCGAACUAGGGUUUUGGGCCAUCCAUUCCACACUAUAAAUACUCUCUUACAACCCUGUUAAACCUCCUCCGCCUUCAGUAAUUAGGGUUGGCCUUCGCAGAAAUUAGCAGCCGCUCAAAGCUUGACAGAGAGGAAGACGAUAUCGAGAUGGGACACUCCAACAUCUGGAAUUCUCACCCUAAGAACUACGGCCCUGGCUCUCGCGCCUGCCGUGUGUGUGGAAACUCCCAUGGUAUUAUCAGAAAGUAUGGCCUGAUGUGCUGCAGACAAUGCUUCCGCAGCAAUGCUAAGGAGAUUGGAUUCAUUAAGUAUCGUUGAAGGAAAAGGUCGUUGCCUCCUUGCCAGUGGAUUUUGUUAAGCAAGCUGCCAUUAGAGAUAAAUGGAUCCCAAGUUGUUAUUUGCUUUGUAUUUUGAACAAUUUUGGCUGUUCUAAUUUGUCAUUGAACUUGAAUUGGUAUGUGAAUCAGCAAAUUCUACUAUAUGCUGUUGUUUAAUAUACGGUAUCGCAUAAGAAAUUGAUGAAUUGCGGGCAAUGUUAUUAAUUAAUUGGUUAA